CCUCAAAGAUUUUCGGUUUUUUUUUUCACUCAGCAUAGCAAUGUGUUGUUCGUGGGGUAGGUGAAAAUAAAUUAACGGUAUUUUAUCGGCCAUAAUCGCUUUUAGAGCGCUUCCAACUGAUCGAAAGACGCCACCAUGCCACCGGGGCCUGUUCAGAUCAUCCAGCCGGAGCCCAACAACAAGAAUGAUGCAGAAGAAACGCCUGCCACUAAACCGAUCGUGGGUAUCAUUUACCCUCCUCCUGAAGUCCGAAACAUUGUUGACAAGACAGCCAGCUUUGUUGCCAGGAACGGGCCUGAAUUUGAAGCAAGAAUCAGACAGAAUGAGAUCAACAAUCCAAAGUUUAAUUUCCUCAACCCCAACGAUCCAUACCAUGCCUACUACCGACAUAAGGUCAAUGAAUUUAAGGAAGGAAAGGCUCAGGAGCCAUCUGCAGCGGUGCCUAAAGUUAUGCAACAGACGAUGCAACAGCAGCAGCUGCCUCAGAAGGUGCAGUCACAGGUCAUUCAGGAGAUUGUGAUCCCAAAAGAACCUCCUCCUGAUUUCGAGUUCAUAGCCGACCCUCCGUCAAUCUCUGCAUUUGACCUGGAUGUAGUCAAGUUGACCGCCCAGUUUGUUGCCCGCAACGGACGUCAGUUCCUCACUCAGCUAAUGCAGAGGGAACAGAGGAACUACCAAUUUGAUUUCCUGCGACCACAGCACAGCCUUUUUAACUACUUCACCAAACUGGUGGAGCAGUAUACCAAAAUUCUAAUUCCUCCCAAAAGCCUGCUGGCUAAGAUGAAACGAGAGGCCGAGAAUCCAAAAGAAGUCAUGGACCAGGUGAGGUACCGUGUCGAGUGGGCCAAGUAUCAGGAGCGAGAGCGAAAGAAGGAGGAAGAGGAGCGGGAGAAGGAAAGAGUGGCGUACGCUCAAAUUGACUGGCAUGACUUUGUGGUGGUAGAGACAGUGGACUUCCAACCCAAUGAGCAAGGUCACUUCCCACCACCAACCACCCCAGAGGAGCUCGGCGCUCGCAUCCUCAUCCAGGAGCGCUACGAGAAGUAUGGCGAGAGCGAGGAGGUUGAGAUGGAGGUUGAAAGCGAAGAUGAGGAAGAUGAGCGUGAGAGCAGAAACAUUGGCAUGCUGUCACAACCUGAUCAAGACACUCAGCUUCAGGAUAUGGAUGAGGGAUCCGAUAAUGAGGACGACGUCAUGAAGGUACCAUUGCCACCUGAGAACCCAAUGCCGCCUCCACUGCCCCCGACUCCUGACCAGGUCAUCAUCCGUAAAGACUAUGAUCCCAAAGCUUCCAAACCUCAGCCAACAGUCAUAGCUACAGAUGAAUAUCUCAUCUCACCCAUCACGGGUGAGAGGAUCCUGGCCAGUAAGAUGCAGGAGCACAUGCGUAUCGGUCUGCUGGAUCCUCGCUGGCUGGAGCAGAGAGACCGGAGCAUCAGAGACAGGCAGACUGAAGAUGAGGUGUACGCUCCUGGCCUGGAUAUCGAGAGCAGCUUGAAGCAGCUGGCUGAGAGGCGUACUGAUAUCUUCGGUGUUGAAGAGACAGCCAUCGGUAAGAAGAUCGGAGAAGAAGAAAUCCAGAAGCCUGAGGAGAAGGUGACCUGGGAUGGCCACUCAGGAAGCAUGGCUCGCACCCAGCAGGCAGCUCAAGCCAACAUCACCCUCCAAGAGCAGAUCGAAGCCAUUCACAAGGCUAAAGGCCUGGUCGGAGAGGACGACAACAAGGAGAAAAUUGGCCCGAGCAAGCCGAAUGAAAUGCAUCACCCAUCUGCGAUACCGUCGUCUUCGCCCAGUAUGCCCAAACCAGCCCCACCAAUUCCUGCGAUCUCUCGCCCGCCUGUUUCUGUGGCGCCAGUGCGCACUACUCUUCUCUCUGCCGUGCCUGUCAUUCCGAGGCCAUCAGUGGCUCCAGUGGUGCGUCUUGCUCCAGGACAGGUUUUAGCGCCAAUGCCUCCCAUGAUUCCCGCUCCUCGCAUCAAUGUGGUUCCCAUGCCACCCGCACCGCAUCUCAUGGCCCCCAGACCUCCUCCCAUGGUGGUUCCAGCCGCGUUUGUCCCAGCUCCUCCAGUUCCACAACCUCCCAGUGCCCCCAUGCCUCCACCCCAUCCAGCCUCACUUCAUGAUGACGAGCCGAUGAGCAAGAAGAUGAAAACAGAGGAAAACCUCAUUCCUGAGGAGGAGUUCCUUCGUAGAAACAAGGGUCCAGUGGCAGUUAAGGUGCAGGUCCCCAACAUGCAGGAUAAGUCUGAAUGGAAGCUGACCGGCCAAGUGCUGAACUUCACCGUCCCACUCACAGACCAGGUGUCUGUCAUCAAAGUCAAGAUCCAUGAGGCUACUGGGAUGCCAGCGGGGAAACAGAAGUUGCAGUACGAGGGUAUCUUCAUCAAAGACUCCAAUUCGCUUGCGUAUUACAACAUGAACAACGGUUCAGUGAUCCACUUGGCUCUGAAGGAGAGAGGAGGAAGAAAGAAGUGAGCCUGCGAGACCGAACAGGCCUCAUGCAGAUGCAUUGUUGCUUGCUUGUUUUUUUUUUUAUAUUCUUAUCGUAAAAAAAAGGAAAAAAAAUCUAGUUGUUGUUCAAGAACGGUGGAAAUAUAUGUGUAGCCACAAUGAAUCAGUCAACUGUGAUAUUCCCAUUAUGUUGAUUUAAAUAAAGGAAUAAGAAAGGUCAAUAUAAUGUGACAAGCAAAUCCUAUACCAAAUGUUCUUGUUAAACAUGGAGUCAUUGGCUUUUGUAACAUCCUGUCCUGUUGUCCACAACAGUGAGGGACAGCAUAUUUUUGUUUUUCAAACUCCAGUAUUCUGAUUUACAAGACAAUAUGGUUUGUUGCAGUUCAACUUUUGUGUAAGGGAUUUCAUGCUAUUGAUGUUCAAUAUUAAA